UGUGGUGAAAUAUGUCAAACUACGAUUCAAUUUAUUUGACUGCUAAAUAUUUUUACAAACUCAUAACUCAUAAAUAAAAGCGAAAAUUAGUUCAUUUAAUAAUUACUGUCGUUCCACAAACGUGAAUAUAGAUUUAGAAAAUGUGCUGCACAAAAUUUAAAUGAUAAUUCCGUCGGAUCUGUUGUUAGAUGAACAAUAAAAAAAAGGAUUUUUCGUUUGUGAUAAAAUAUUGAUUCUUUGUGGAAUAAUAAGUAACUUGGAGUAUUAAUCUUCAUAAGAAUUCGGUUUGCGACGGUGGUGUACUAAAGAACGUAAAAGUGUGUUUUUAUUAUUAUUUUCAAUAAAUUUUCGCAUAAAUUGAGUUCAUUCAGUGAAAUAGGAAACAGUUAGUGGUGAAUGCAUCAAUAUGGAUGUAAAUAUAAUCGGAGAUUAUGAGUAUAAUAGCAAGGAUUUAAUUGGACAUGGAGCGUUUGCUGUUGUGUUCAAAGGGCGUAAUCGCAAGAAAACAAAUCAUCCGGUUGCUAUCAAGAGCAUAACGAAAAAGAGCCUGGCAAAAUCUCAAAACUUACUCGGAAAAGAAAUUAAAAUUUUGAAAGAGCUCACAGAAUUACACCAUGAAAACGUUGUGGCAUUGUUGGAUUGCAAAGAGACCGUUGCAAAUGUUUAUCUGGUUAUGGAGUACUGCAAUGGCGGUGACUUAGCGGACUAUUUAGCAGCAAAGGGAACAUUAAGCGAAGACACCAUUAGGUUAUUCUUGGUUCAAUUAGCUGGUGCAAUGAAAGCUCUUUUCGCGAAAGGCAUUGUUCAUCGCGAUCUUAAGCCUCAGAAUAUACUCUUACAACAUAAUUGUGGAAAACUGUUGCCAGCGCCAUCGAAAAUUACACUCAAAAUAGCCGAUUUUGGCUUUGCAAGGUUCUUACAAGAAGGAAAUAUGGCAGCUACACUAUGUGGUUCACCAAUGUACAUGGCUCCAGAAGUGAUUAUGUCGUUGCAAUACUGUGCUAAGGCAGAUUUAUGGUCGCUGGGAACAAUAGUUUUCCAAUGUUUAACGGGAAAAGCUCCUUUCCAGGCACAGACUCCACAAGAACUCAAAAUUUUCUACGAAAAGCACGCCAAUUUGAUACCAAAAGUUCCAUCUGCCACAUCCCCAGAAUUAUGUGAUUUACUGAUCGGCCUGUUACGCAGAAACGCAAAAGAUCGGAUGUCGUUUGACAAUUUCUUUUGCCAUGCAUUCUUGCAGAGGGCGAAACCACCACCAUCAGCUGAUGCUCCGGCUGCGUUGGCAUUUACACCACCUACCACAGCCAGUCCUAUGUUACAACAAAUCCAGAACGAAACGAUUGCUGAAGAAGAACCGGUGGUCAAUCUAGGAUUAAGCAUACACAGUUCAUCAAGUAGCCCAGAGAAUUCUGAUGACUUUGUUCUCGUACCAAAGAAUAUACCUGUCGAUCAGGGCGUUGUUAAUUAUGAACGAAAUCGACAAGCCAUUCAGCCCUCAAAUACUCAGGCAAGCCCACCAAGACCGAGUACACUGCUAAUUUCCGAACUAAAACCUGUACCCACUAGCGCUAGAAGAUUAGCACGAGCUUCCUCACCGACCAAGCACACGAAUUCCAUUCCCCGAUCUCAACCAAUCAGCAUGAAACGAUCAGAACAUCGCAAUAGUAACACAGAUAUUAGUUCGAUAUCGCCGCCUGCCGUACAGUUUGCUAUUGGAACACCGCCAAGCGGAAGGCGUCGAUCAACAUCCGGUGGAUCAUUAUCCGAGACUCCUCCUCCUCCGAACGUAUGGCAAAUUAGUCCAGCAUCCCAUCAUUCACCGUUGCGUAGAUCCGACACAAGUUCGCCUAUAUUGCCGAGUGCAUUGAGUAAACUGCCGGCACUAGGAAGUCCCACAUUGAUAAUGGACAACAACAAUCACAAUAUACUCGGUCAACGUGCGUUCACAUUACCCGAAAUGGGUGCAACUGGCGGCAUACAAAAUUUCCUUCGUGGGACGACUUAUAAUGACGAUCAUCCAAUUACAUUUCAUGCACCAGAGCUUCCAGCAGAAACACUUUUGGAUCGUGACCAUAACGAAACACUGGCGAAACUCAACUUUGUACUUGCUCUAACCGAUUGCAUUCUCGAAGUGGCUGAUACUCGAUGUGCUCCACUUUCGGCCUUGAUGUCGGCCGAUGCUCCACCACAUCCACCAGAGCAUUGCAGUCGAACGGAACGAUUAGUGUUGCUUGUCAGAACGCUUCAGCUACUGUCGUCUGGAUUAAAUUUGGCUUCACAACAGAUCCAAGAUGGGCGACUUAAGCCAUCGAACACCGUCAAAAACGUUCUGUCCGUUAUGAACAACAAGUAUCGGUUAAGCCUUGGUGAAUCGAAGAAACUAAAUGGAUCGGGUCUGCUGCAAAAAGCAAGUGCUUACAACAUAACCGCUGAUAAGAUCCUAUACGAUCAUGCCAUACAAAUGUGUCAGUCGGCUGCAUUGGAUGAGUUAUUUGGCAAUCCCGAAGAUUGUUUCAAUCGUUACCAGAGUGCACAGAUCCUUCUGCAUUCUUUGGCUUCAACUGUGAGUCAUCCACACGACAAAUUAUUACUUUCUAAGUACAAAGAUUCUGUGGAAAAGCGCCUGUUCAUAUUACAACAGCAGGGACAUAUUAAUAUUUAUGCAACUGAUGAUCUCACAUAGAACUAUCGGACUAUGACAAAGAUAUAUGACUUCAAUGAAACGUGUGUGCAAUUGAAGCAAUGAUACUGUAGCGGCUAUAUAUGUAAAAUUACAGCACUCUACUAUUACUAACUGUUAAUAAUUAUUUUUCAUAAUAAAAAAAAUAUUUUAAGAAGAAAUUUGAUUAGGCACGUAGAAAAUUACGUAAUAAGAUAAAAAAUGGAUUUUACAAAUUAAAAGAAAGAAAAUGAACAAAAAAAAAA